AUGGCCUACCUGUAUCAUACAGACGGGGUACCGUUCGUUAUCAAAGGACUGACUUGGAAUGCGAGAUGGUGGCUUACGGAGUCUCGGGAGAAGGUAAAACUGGUCUUCGUAACCUCUAUCCAGUCCCGAAAAAGAGAGAUAUUGUUCCAGAAUUGGAGUCUUAUUAAUCGUAAAUAUUUGACUAGAGCUAAUCCGCCAGAUCAGGUUCCGGCUGUUACAUGGGAACUUGUGUUGUCGAGGUCGGAGCCUAAGCAGCCGAUUAGAGUCCCCUCGUCGAAGGAGGAGUGGUCUAGUGAUGUCUCUGCUCGGGAGCCACGAGUGGUGAUCCUCUCGAGCCUCGAGGAUAAAUAG